AACCUUCUAUACUCUUUGAUCUCAACUUUGAUCUUGAUCUGAAUGUUGUUUUUGAAAUGUGGUAUUGAAAUGUCCGAUUGCUCUACUCCCCAUAAUUUCCGUCAGCAUUUCGGUCCAUCAAUUACUUUUUUGUCCGAAUCAGACGUCGCCCUCAAUGCAGUUUCUCUUUUCAUCGCAAGAAUAUUGAUUUCUUUUUCUCCUUACAUUAACCAUCAUUCUGAAGCCCCGAACCGACCGUCAGCUUCAGCUUCAGCCUCAGGCGUGUCAUAGUUUAUCUACUCAGUGCAUUGUGAUAGUGCGUCCCCUCGAGUUCUUAUCGGUAAAGAUAGUUUUCAUUCUCUAGCAGUUGUUCUCACUUACUACUAGGAAGAAGCUCUCACUCUCUCUUAAAACUUUGGAAAGUAAUCAAUCAGAGUAACAGUCGUAAUAUUUAUGAUACUCGGAUCUGAGAACGUUACUGUCACCUACCUCUGGAUUGAGUAUCAAAAUAUACUUAUCACACAAUGUAAAAUGGUGUUUGCAUACUGCUUCAUUGAAAUGUUAUUCCAUGGCUUCCCUCUAUGAUUGCUGCAGAUUUAAGUCAGCUUUAAUUUGGUAUUUUGGACAAAUGUCAAGACAAGAUGCAACUGAUCUUUUAAUGGCGGAAAAAGAAGGGGGCGUUUUCUUAGUGAGAGAUAGUGUAACGAUACAAGGAGACUACGUUCUUUGCGUUAGGGAAGAUCAGAAAGUUAGUCACUACAUCAUAAACAAAAUGCAGCAGAAUGAUCAAAUAAGUUACAGAAUUGGAGAUCAGACAUUUCCAGACCUCCCUAACCUAAUAGCUUUUUAUAAACUUCAUUACUUAGACACAACUCCUCUUAUUAGACCGGCACCUAGACGAAUAGAAACUGUGAUCGCCAAGUAUGACUUCGAUGGCAAGGAUGAAGACGACUUACCUUUCAGGAAAGGAGAUAUUCUGACUAUAGUUGCCAAAGAUGAAGAACAAUGGUGGACAGCAAAAAAUUGCCUGGGACAAACUGGUUCCAUUCCUGUACCAUACGUACAUAGGUAUGAGGGUUCACUUCAGCCUGAUAGUGUGAAGGAUAGUCAUUCCCCAGCUGUGGGCACUGUUGCAAACAAUGUGCCAGAUACCACUAUUAAGAGAAACAAAUUACAGCGCAAGCUACCUGCUUUUGCACGAGUGAAGCAAGUUCGAGUGCCCAAUGCUUAUGAUAAGACAGCACUUAAAUUAGAAGUUGGUGAUAUAAUCAAGGUUACAAAGAUGAACAUCAAUGGACAAUGGGAGGGUGAAUUGAAUGGCAAAACAGGCCAUUUUCCAUUCACACAUGUUGAAUUUAUUGAUUCAGAUAACAGUGAAUCGAAUGAUUCCCGAUGAAUGUUACAGAGUUGAUGGUUGCCAACUCAAGCCAUCAAUUUAAUCUUGAAAUUUUUUACUCCUAUUAUUUUUGUAUAUUUUAUUUUGUAUCAGAAGUCUUUUUGCCGGUUGAUUGUGUCUUUUUAAAGUUUUAACAAAAUGUUCUGAACAAUGGCAGAUACUAUUUCAAACGAAAUGAAUCAUUUUUUUGUAAAUAGUUGUUGUAAUAAAGAAUCAUUAUAACAAAUUUUAAGUGGA